GUGUGAAUUCAAUUUUAAGGAUCACACCGGUUCACUUCUGUACCUGUUGUACAUCGCCACGAGGAAAACGAUGGAGGCUGGCCCUAUCGAUGCUUUAACCAAUGAUGCAAAGUACACACUUUCGGAGGAGAAACUGCUCCGGAAAUAUCAAGGCUCGGCAACAGACGAGGAAACGACGGAUGUGAAGUUUGAGGCUAAAGCAUUGACAUUGAACGUAGUGGUCGACAAUGGAGAGGAAAUCUACCCAUGUAAAGCUCUCGACUGCGACACAGUUAACCAGGUGAAAGCCAAGCGUCUCGACCAGAUCUAUGUCAACUACCCGGCCUCGCAACUUCCCGUAGAUCCCACUGAGCUUCUUCUUGAGUGGCAUGCCGGAUUCAGUGGACGUAUGAUACUUCGUGAUAAAGACAACACGUCCAAGCGUGAUGGUGAAUGGAUUCGUGUUAACACACUGGCGCACUACGCAGUGGCCGACCAAAGUAACAUGGCCCUCGUAAAUCCACGGAAUGCUGAGCUCAGUCAGCAGGAGGAUUAUGUGAACUUGGCACAGAUUGACCCUUGCUUCGAUGUCAACAGUAUGGGGUCAGACCAACCGUUGACGGCCGAGUGUUCCACUUCGCAUGACGAAGAAAACCCGAUGGAACUGAAACAGUGGCACUUGUUAAAGGAUGAUGAUGCAAACAAGAAGGAGAAAUCUGCCAUUGAUGAGCUGUACUUGAACAGGCUUAUCACAACCAAGUUGUCACUUGUGAAGUACAUAGAUGACUUGUUCAGCCUGGUAUUGGAGAGCAGCAAGUGUCCUCCGCCCGUCAAGUUCCUCUAUGAUUUCCUGGAUGAUCUUGCAGAAAAACAAAAAAAUAGAUCCCGACACACUCCAUGCCUGGAAAAGCCAUAGCUACUCCAUUCGCAUCUGGGCCAUGCUUAUCAAGACACCAUCAAUUCUGUUCGAUAUCAAUGCCCCGUCCUAUGUUUCGGAGAGUCUGGAUGUGAUCAGUCAAGUCUUCAUUGAGAGCUUCAGUCGCACGGAACAGGCCGUGUCAAAGGAAUCGCCAACUCAGAAGCUUAUUUUCCGAAAUGAGCUGACGAAGUUCAGAACACAUGUUCAGGAGUUCUACAAAAAUGUCAAAGAGAACGUGCAGAAACCCGAUGAGCUAGGACAAUACCUGACAAGUAUUAACAGAAACCAACAGGAAACUACUUUCAACAAGAACGCAGCACUUUACAGAUUAUACGAGCAGAUCAAGCCAUAUACAGACGAGGUAUCAGA